GAAGAAACAGCCAUAGACGACCUUGCUACAGCUAGGUUCUCUCUCGGGAAAUGUCGGCUCGUCCUUUUUAUUUGAAUCAUCACAUCUCGAAACUCCCGUCCCCCAGACUACCGACCCUAGUUUCGUUCUGGUUGUUUUUAAGACGGAUAAAAUGUUGCCUUUGAUCCGGAACAUCUGCGUUAAGAUCAUAGUCUGGGUCAUCCUUGAUGCCAGUCCUAUUAACACAGAGUUCAACCUUAUCGUCCCGUCUCAUACUGUAAUUGGCUUGGCGGGCCAUGACGUCAUUCUGCCGUGCGUCCUCUCUUCUCACGCAAGUGCUGUUUCUAUGAGCGUCAGGUGGUUCAGGCAUGGCGAGUUUCUUGACUACCUUUAUCUGUAUGAAUCCAAAAAGAUUUCAGCGAGAAAAGGCAGCGAACACCGGGUGAGUUUGCUUACCCAGCAGCUGGAAAGAGGCAAUGUGUCUUUGCUGCUGAAGGACUUAAGGAUGGCCGAUGCGGGACGUUACCUCUGCCAUGUCUCUGAGCAGGAGGAGGCUCGGGAGGAGCCCAUUGAUCUCGAAAUCAUACAGCAUGGCAGUGUUCCCAGGAUCUCUCUGGUCAGGCACCACAAAUCAUCCGUUCAAUUUAGCUGCAGGUCCCAUUCCUGGUAUCCACAACCCCAUAUGAUUUGGAUAGACCACAGAGGACAGGAGUUGAUGUCAGCAACAAUCGAACGAACCAGCUCUUCAAAACCCGAGCUAUUGCACUCCGUUACCAGCACAGUGAAUGUAGAAGGCGGCCAGUGGGAGGAAAUCUUUUGCGUGGUGACAUCACAGGACAGGGAGUACAAGUUGGAGUCCACGAUACAAAUUGCUGAGGAGUACUACAAAGAAAGUGCUUUUGAGCGGGCCUACGUUUCUGUUUUUGCAAUCUCUAUUUUCCUUGGGUUGACUUCCAUAGCUGCAUCUUUGCUCCACGUGAGGAGAGCUAAAACGGAGAAGGAGGAGGACUUGGAAAAACAAAAAAGAGCUCAAACGGAGAAGGAGGAGGACUUGGAAAAACAAAAAAGAGACGAUGUAAUGCUUGAUGCUGAUACUGCACACGGCAGACUCAAGCUGUCGGAAGACAAAAAGUCCGUGUCAUUUGGAGAACUAGAUAGACAGAAAACCCAAACCGACAAGAGGUUUAUACAUAAGACUUGUGUCCUGGGAGAGGCUGGAUAUGACAGCGGUAGACAUUACUGGGAGUUUAACCUGAGCAAUAAGACCCAGUGGAGUAUUGGGAUCAUCCAGGAGCCAACAAAGGAGCAGAGAAAGGCAAAAAAUGAACAAACCUAUCCUGAGAACGGCUGCUGGAGCAUAUGUUUCGAUAAAGAACUGAAAACUGUUGAGAAAAAUCCCAAAAUUUUCCCCUCUGUGCUGAAACCUGAUAAACUUGGCGUGUUUCUGGACUAUGAUAAAAGGACAAUAGCAUUUUUCAAUGUAGAGAAAAAAUACUAUAUCCAUUGCGUCACAGCAAAUUUUAAGGGGAAAUUGUUUCCUUUAAUAGGCCCUUUGAAAGGAUGCGAGAAGAGUCUGAAAAUCUCAUCUGUAAAAAGAGGUCCACACAAAACAGAAAAUGACACAGUGUCUUCAACAGCUGAUUGAAAUAUUCCUGGCUAGUGGUAUUUAAUCAUGUUAUUUGAUAAAAUUACAUGUUUAAAAGGAAGAAAGACAAUUUUGUUUACAUGCGGGUGUGUUAAGAUUAAUGAACAGUCAGGAUUUUCCCAUCCAUGUAUGUGUUGUUUUUUUUUUUUUACUAAUAAUUCUUUACAUUAUAUGCAUGCUGUGCUUUUACUUAACUUGUAUUUGAGUUUCUUACG